UUCUCUGCAAAGUUAAUCAUUUUAUCCUCACCUGACUUGUCCUCGUCCACCUUCUUCCCGAUUCGCGUUUGUCCCCAUUUUUUUACUCAAGAAAAUGCAGCUCCCAUGCUAAAUUAAGUAGUAGCAGUACUUGUAUCAUCUAUUGCUUGUUCAACAUUCUACUUUUCCAACCCCACUUUCACCUAAAAAGACUUCUCUCUUACUCACAUCUAUCUUACUUGUGCACACAAGCCCACACAUUAUUAUUAUUUCUGAUAAUCAACCUAAGAGGAAAAACAAGUAAUCAACCUAAAGGAAAAACAAAAACAGGAAACCAAGUACUAGCUUGCAGUCCAAAACCCUAAACCAGAAAAGGAAAAAAAAAAGUUACCAGAUCCUGCAGCAACAUUGCUUCGAUGGAUUUUAUCACUACACCAGUGCCAGGCAUUCCAAUUUCUGGAAACAUCAAGUGUGGUAGCACCAACAACCAGCUGAUUUCAAACUGCUUGACAAUGUCACCCGGGUCAUCUCCUGCUCCUGCUCCUCUGCCUCCUCUGAGCCGUUACGAAAAUCAGAAGCGCCGGGACUGGAACACAUUUUGCCAAUACUUAAGAAACCACAGGCCUCCACUGGCAGUUCCACUGUGCAGCAGUUCUCAUGUUCUUGAAUUUCUUCGGUACCUUGACCAGUUCGGCAAGACUAAAGUGCACAACCAAGCAUGCCCUUUUUUCGGCAUCCCAAACCCUCCUGCACCCUGCCCUUGCCCUCUCAGGCAAGCCUGGGGAAGCCUGGAUGCCCUCAUUGGCCGCCUUCGAGCUGCUUAUGAAGAACAUGGCGGUCUUCCCGAAGCAAACCCUUUUGGUGCUAGAGCUGUCAGGCUUUUCUUGAGGGAUGUUCGUGAUUUUCAGUCCAAGUCUAGAGGGAUCAGUUAUGAGAAGAAGAGAAAAAGAGCAAAGCAGCAGGUAGCUAUCAAAUCUCCUGCGGGUGCAACUCUGCCUUGUGGAGAAACAAAUGCUAUGAUUUAGUACUACUGGUUAUUUGCUUGACUUUGGGAGCAUUAAUUACUCGUCAGUAGUAGUAUAAAAGAAACUUAAUUUGGAAAAUGAGCACACAGAUUGAUAUACCAUGAAUCUUUGUUAUAGUGUGUAUUUGCUGCUUUAGUUAUAAGCUUAUAGUAGCUGAAUAAUCAGGUUUCCUUUUUUA